UACUCGCUGAGAGCAGAGGGCAAAGGUAUUGAUUGAGGGAGCAUAAAUCAACCAUGGGGGAGACAGUGGUAUUGGCGGGAAUAGACAUUUUUCCUUUUUCAUGAAUUACCGGUUUAUAUAAAACCGCUGAGGUAAAUCGAUUGAUGAACUUUUUCGCUCGGGAGGAGACCGAUCGACAGGAGAGUGUAUUAGGGCAAAUGCGCGUAGAUGCUGACGGGACGAGAGAGCUUGAUCCGUUUAAUCGGCAAGCGCCGGCGAUUCCUGCCCAACCGCCAAUCUGUUGUCUCCGGUCAUAUUCAGGGCUGUCUCAGCAAAGAUGAAAAUGGCGGGGAUACGAGUGUCCGAGCAGGGGAACAUAUGGGUGGUACGAAUGAUGUGGUCGAAAGCACAUCUGCUGCCCGUCCUGAUUUGGUCACUUGUCCCGUUUGUGGAAACACACUUCCUGGCGAAAGCUCCACUAUAAAUUCUCAUUUGGACACAUGCAUCGCAAGAGGAACCAAACGUAAAUUAAGCCAGCGCACCCUUCUUCAACUAAACUUCUUUGCAGAGUCAAAAGUGAAGACUCACUUGUAUGAGUCAGAUCAUGGAGGGGGUAAUGUGGGUCAAAUGGCUCCUGAUUGCAAUGCCAUCUGUAAAUUGCGUGGCUUUGUUGUUGACCAAGAAAUUGACAGUGGAGAAGAUAAAUCACUCUUUGAUUUGGAGUCCGCAUCGUGUGAUGAUGGUUCAGUAGAAAACCCAGUGAAUAAUGACAGAAUCAACUGCAGUGCUGUUUCACCAUUGUUGCUCCCUGAGAAUGAGUUUUCCAAAUACGAAAUGGCUAAAACAAUGGAUGAAAUACCUGGGAUGGUUCUUAAGACAUUCAUCGUUGGCCGUAAAUAUGUUGAUGGUGACAAAAUAGAGUUAAAUCCUGGUGCAACCAUUGCUUUUACGAGAGAGCCUGAUAAUGUCAAGGAUUGCAAUGCCAUCAAGGUUCUUUCUGCAGAUUCUGGAUGCAAAGUGCUUGGUUUUCUUCCUCGACAGUUGGCUCGUUACCUGUCUCCUUUAAUGGAUAAGUUCUGCUUGAGUUUUGAGGGCUGCAUAACUUCUGUUCCAGAAAGUUUUCUUGAUGUUGUUCCUAUUCAAAUCGUGUGUCAAAGCAUGGCAUCUUUUGGUGAAAAAGAGUCUGUUGAUCUUCAGGUGUUCAAGUCUUUACGGGCGAAUGCUAUGUGUAUAGCUGAAUCUACAAAGACUUGUCCAUUAAGCAUGAAAAAAUAUCAGCAGAAUUUUUCUUUGCUGAUACAAGAGGUUUUAAGAAGCAAUACUCAUCUUUUCAGCUAUGAUGAAAAGAUUUUCUUGGAGAGUUUCUUCUCGCUUUCUGAUGAUAGUCAGAGACUCUUUAUUCGGCUCUAUACCAGAAAGGGGCCAUGGUUUCGGGUGUCAAACAUUUCCUACCCUGAAAUAUUUGAUUGCGACAAAGGAGUCAAGGAGCUCUCUGCAAGUGGCUAUAUUUCUUCUGUUGGUCCCGGGAGUGAACUAAAGGAUAAUGACUUCAAGGACAUUCUAAGUAUGCUUACUGUUUCUGAACUUCAUGAAAUUUUGUGUACAUUGAAGAAGAAAUACAAUUUGGGUGUAAGAAAGAAAGAUUUGAUCGCAUCACUGCUUUCUUCAUUUGCUGAUGGAUUAUGUGCACUCCUACCGAAGUUAGUUUUGGAAAGAACAGGAACCUGCAUUCAAAUAUCUUCAUUAGCUGAGUCCCUUGUUUGGCGUGCUGAGAGGCUUUUCUUCCUGAGUGGAGAGCAGGAUUUGUCAGCAUUUUUACUUGUUGAUCUGGGAAUUGUCAAAUAUCCAAAUUAUAACUGUAUUAUGUCAGACCAAAUUUUAUCAAGCCGCAAUGAUUUAAUUGCUUAUGAAGAGGCAAUUGAAGUGGCACAAAUUAUGGAUCAGUCUCUUGAUGAAAACAACACGGAGUUGGUGUUAAGAUGUUUAGAUAUAUCUAUCUUGCGAAUGUCUAACUCUUCUUCAAAAGCAAAUCACUCCUCUGAAUUACCAGUGACCUUUUUUUCAUGUUUUUCUGCUUCAUGGGUCUACUCAAAGGUGGCUCUGUUAGGUGUUUCUUUUCUUGAGCGUGAGCAGAGGUAUAGUGAUGCAGUUAUUUUACUGAAGCGGCUGCUAGCAAUUUUUAAAUUUGACAGGAGAAGAGGAUAUUGGACUUUGAGGCUGUCAAUUGAUUUAGAGCACACAGGUUACCUCAGUGAGAGCCUUUUGGUUGCUGAGAAUGGUCUGCUAGAUCCAUGGGUUCGUGCUGGUUCAAGAAUAGCUUUGCAAAGGAGGGUUUUACGCUUGGGAAAACCACCAAGGCGCUGGAAAACGCCUAGUUUUUCGGAUUCCGUCAAGAGGAAGAUUUCUGAGGUUUAUGUUCAAGGGAGACCAUUGAACUGUAAAGCAGGGGUCAAGAGCAGGUUCUAUGGUGAAGACGGAGAACUGUGUGGAGUUGAGCAGGUUGCUUUGCAGUAUUAUGCUGGAGAAGAAGGUGGAGGUUGGCAUGGUGUACAUGCUGAAACUGGUAUCUGGUUGACUAUUUUUGGGCUUCUUAUGUGGGAUGUUAUUUUUGCUGACGUUCCAGAAGUAUUCCGUACUAGAUUUCAGACUGCACCCUUAGAUUUGGAGACGGACAGCUUCUACGAAUCUAGAAAGACCAUCAUAGAACCUGUACUGGAAAAAAUUCGCGAAGGAAUGGCUGAAGAAAUCCUUAUUAUGGCAUGGGAAUCACAUUUAGGAACAGCUUGUCGGGGAGUCAACUGGGAACGACAUUCCCUAGCUGAGCUACGGGCAGCUAUCUCUUGCAUUGGCGGUCCAUGUCUUGCUGGGAUCUGCCGACAGUUGGCUCAAGACUACCGAAGCUGGUCCAGCGGGAUGCCUGAUUUGUUGUUAUGGCGCUUCCACGAUGAUUACAGAGGAGAAGCCAAACUUGUUGAGGUUAAAGGACCCCGGGAUCGACUCUCGGAGCAGCAGAGAGCCUGGCUGCUGUUUUUAAUGGAUUGUGGCUUCAAUGCUGAGGUUUGCAAAGUGAGUCCUGCUCCGGUAUCUACAUGACAUACUCGUUACAAGAUGCUCAUCUUGUCAGAAAUUUCAGUACAGAUUAUACAUGGAAACGAUGCCUGCGAUUACUCUAAUUAAUUAUUUAAGGAUGGCUAAAUGAACCGUCCUGGCAAAGCCCCACCCCCUCUUGCCUUGCCAUGCCUUGGUUGAGGUGGGAGUCAACACCCUUGUCCUUGGGGGUGGGGAUGGAAUUUCAUAUUAUCAGAGACAUGUUGUUUACUCAAGAGAUUACCAAGACUGAAUAUUCAUGUUGAUUAUAAAUGUUCUGAAUUGCUUUGAGUCUUGUAAUUGACCCCCAGCUUACUUGUUUCCUUCA